AUGGACCCCUCCAUCCCACUUCGAGCUUCCACGUUGGCACAAAACCAGCAACAUCAAUCCACCACCAGAAUGAAUAACGAGUCCAAGAUUGCAGAUCCUGCUGCGACGCAGGAUGCUGUGGAGGAGGUUGUCAAGGAUGCGAAAGCGUCCGGCUCUGUAAAAACCCAGAUUGAAUCCGACAACGAGGACGAAGAACACGAAACGACGACCACAAAUACCCCAGCGUCUACUGCCGCGGCGAAAAAGAAGAAAUCGAAGAAGAAGCGCAUAAAGGAUGCCUUGACUCGUAGUUCCAAAGAUGAAGCUUCAGGAUCUACAUCGGCGCAAAAUGAUAUGGCCAAGGCGAUGGGAGGUCUCAAUAAGGAGCAAAUCCAGGAAAUCCUAAAGAUGAAUCCAGGGCUGGCACAAGAUCUAGGGGUCGGGAGCUCUGAUCCAAAUAAAGUCGCGGCGGAUUUUAAGAAACUGAAUCUGGAAGAUAUCCUGGCCGGGUUGGCUUCGAGUGGGAAGAAUGUGAAGGAUAUGGCGGGAUACAAGUUUUGGCAGACGCAGCCUGUUCCUAAGCUUGGUGAAAAGGGGAAGAUUGAGAAGGAAGGGCCGAUCCGGGAGACGGACUUGAAUCUUGUGCGGAAGGAACCAUAUCCUAUGGCGGAAAAUUUUGAAUGGGUCACUAUGGAUAUGUUGAAUGAUGAGGAAUUAAAGGAGGUCUUUGAUUUGCUUUAUGGGCAUUAUGUGGAAGAUGAUGAGGCUAUGUUCAGAUUCAACUACUCGAAAUCAUUCUUAAAAUGGGCUCUCCUAUCUCCAGGCUGGCGAAAAGAAUGGCAUGUUGGGCUUCGCGCUUCGGUGUCACGCCGUUUGGUGGCAUUCAUAUCAGCGAUACCUGUUCAAUUGCGAGUUCGUGAAAACGUUCUCAAUGCAUCUGAAGUCAACUUUCUGGUAGUACACAAGAAAUUGCGGGCGAAAAGACUAACGCCCACGCUCAUCAAAGAAAUCACUCGUCGGUGUAACCUUGAGGGUGUUUUCCAAGCCAUCUACACUGCGGGUGUCGUUUUACCAACACCAGUCAGUACUUGCCGAUACUAUCACAGAUCGAUCGAUUGGCAGAAACUCCAUGAUGUCGGCUUCAGUCCUCUACCUAAAAACAGCAAGCCAUCAUACCAGAUCCAGAAAUACAAGUUACCCGAUCACACAUCCACAAAAGGCCUCCGACCUAUGGAGGAAAAGGACAUCGACGCAGUCUUAGACUUGCUAACUCGAUAUCUGGCAAGAUUCGAUAUGGCACCACAAUUCUCAAGAGAAGAAGUGAUCCACUGGCUCGUCCACAAAAAGGGGGAGUACGAAGAACAAGUCAUCUGGUCAUACGUCGUAGAAGAUCCCUCCACCAAGAAAAUCACAGACUAUUUCUCCUUCUACUGCCUCGAAUCAUCCGUCAUCAACAACCCACGACACAGCAACGUCCGCGCAGCCUACCUCUUCUACUACGCCACCGAAACCGUCUUCGCGCCUAAAUCCACCAAGGGCGACCUCAAAAUUCGCCUCAAUCAACUCAUCAACGACGCGCUUAUUCUGGCUAAGAAAUUCAAAUUCGACGUCUUCAACGCGUUGACACUGCAAGAUAACUGUCUGUUCUUGGAGGAACAGAAGUUUGGGGGCGGCGAUGGACAGUUGCAUUUUUACCUGUAUAAUUACAAUGCUAAUCCGAUUGCGGGGGGUGUGGAUCAAAGUAACAAUAUUGAUGAGGGGUGUAGUGGGGUGGGUGUUGUUAUGCUUUAA